UGCUUCUGACCCUUUUGUUUAUUUAUUUAAAUUUGUAAUUUUUCUUUUUAGUCUCUGUUCCGUUGAAACAUUUCAGGUGAAAAGUUGAGAAAUUUUUCAUGUGGAUGCUAUGCUGUCUGAUGAUUAUCAUAGAAUGAUCAAAUUGGGUAGAACCCAUAUAGCUUUUUUGUUAUUGGGUUUAACAGAAAAUUAUGAAAUAGUUGAAUUACUAGAGGUAAAUUUAUCUGUGCUUCUCCGAUUUCUCAGCAACCAAAGGGAGCUUUGGAUACUUUUAUUUAUGUUCCAUUUGGUUUCUGGGAAAAUUGAAGAAUCUGAAAGAAAUUGAAGUGUUGGUGCCUUUAAACCGCACGUAAGGGUAAAAAACUUUUGAUGCUUAGUUAUGAAGUGUGAGAAUUGUAGUAAGAGUAGUGCUACCUUGUGUUCCUGUAAAAACGUUUCAGUCACGCUUCGUAAUGUCAUAUGAGAUUUUGAGCUAAAUGAACAGAGAGGGGAGAGGAUCUUGGGGCUCAAAAUAAUUUUAUUAACAUAUGCUUUUCGAUUAUUGUUUGACACUUUUUCAGCUGAUAGGGCAUAUACAUAUCUGAUUCACAGUGUGCCAGUUCGCCCGUGGUUCAGUGGCAGAACUCUGUUGACAAAUACUCCCUUGCAAUUAGAAGAUCAUAGGAUUCUUGUUCAUUUGUAUGAUUUUGUUUAAAUUUUUUUUUAAUGGUGACCUCAAUUAGAAAUUUUUCAAUAAUAAAAAAUCACUUCAGAUCGAGGAAUGGCUAAACAAGUUGUCGCCGCCCAACCGUCAGUUUCAUUUGAGUAUGAGCUUUUAGAUGGUGAUUCUGAUCACCUAAGGACUGUCGUAGGCUCUACAGACCAGAAAAGUCCGUGGAUUGAACCUUCAAAGUUGAAACUUAGACACAGAAUUGGGCGGGGACCCUUUGGUGAUGUUUGGUUAGCAACCCAUCAUCAGUCGACUGAAGAUUAUGAUGAGUAUCAUGAGGUGGCUAUCAAGAUGCUUCAUCCAAUUAAAGAAGACAACAUGAGAAUUGUGUUGGAUAAACUAGAAGAUAUGUUCCGUAAGUGUCAAGGAGUAAGAGGUGUUUGUUGGCUACAUGGAACUUCAAUAAUCAGUGGAAAGAUAUGCAUCAUAAUGAAAUUAUAUGAGGGAUCAGUUGGUGACAAAAUGGCUCAAAUCAGAGGAGGAAAGCUUGCACUUUCUGAUGUUCUGAGGUAUGGGAUAGGGUUGGCUGCGGGGGUUUUUGAACUACAUUCCAAAGGGAUCUUGGUUCUUAACCUAAAACCUUCUAAUGUUCUUCUAAAUGAAAAUGACCAAGCAAUACUUGGAGAUUUUGGUAUUCCUUAUCUAUUGCUUGGCAUUCCAUUGAUAAGCUCAGAUAUGACUCGGAGGAUCGGAACGCCAAACUACAUGGCACCUGAACAGUGGCAACCAGAAGUACGAGGUCCAAUAUCCUUUGAGACCGACUCUUGGGGUUUUGGGUGCAGCAUUGUGGAACUGUUGACUGGUGUCCGACCUUGGGGUGGGAAAUCUGUUGAUGAAAUAUCUGAUUCAGUAGUCAGAAGGCAAGAAAAACCAGAUAUACCAAGUGGACUUCCUCCUGCAAUAGAGAAUCUUCUUCUUGGUUGCUUUGAGUAUGACUUGAGGAGUCGCCCUUUAAUAACGGACAUAUUGAAUGUAUUUAAAAGCAGCUUGCAGAAUGCAAUCUCCAGUGGUGGAGACUGGACAGGUCUUGGGACUAGAACAAUCACGGAGAAAUCAAGUAGCACUGGUUACACGGAGUGGUUCCUUUCGAAGGAUCAUCUCCAAGUGGGUGACACAGUGCGUUCCAGAAAGCCAGCAAACUCCUGCAAACCUGAAAAUAUGUAUGUCCCAGAAGGCACAGUAGUGGGUGUAGAAGGUGACACAGAUCACCAUGGGUUUGUUUUGGUGAGGAUUCAUGGCAUCCAUGACCCAUUAAGGGUUCAUGUUUCAACACUGGAGCGGGUAACUUUUGGCUUGGCAGCUGGUGAUUGGGUGCGCUUGAAGAAAGAAGACAAGAAACACUCACCAGUAGGUAUUCUUCAUUCCAUCCAUCGCGAUGGUAAUGUAGCUGUUGGAUUUAUAGGGUUGGAAACUCUCUGGAAGGGGAAUUCUUCAGAGUUUCAAAUGGCAGAAUCCUACUGUGUGGGUCAGUUUGUUAGGCUGAAAGCUAAUGUUUUGAGCCCUCGUUUUGAAUGGCCUCGUAAGAGGGGAGGGAUAUGGGCUACUGGGAGGAUAUCGUGGAUCCUACCAAAUGGGUGCCUUAUUGUGAAGUUCCCAGGAAUGCUGACUCUUGGGGAUGAGAACUCGACCUUUGUAGCUGAUCCUGCUGAAGUGGCAUUGGUUACGUUUAAUACUUGCCCGGGAAUCGUGAAGAAGUACCAACAUCUUGAGGAUUUCCAUUGGGCAGUGAGACCACUUCUGGUUGCAUUGGGGCUAUUCACAGCCAUGAAGCUAGGCAUCUUUGUUGGGUCAAAAAUGGGGAGAUAUAAGGUGAGGAAACAACAGACUGGUGCUGCACAGAAUGAGAAUCAACACACAGACGGUCAGAAUUCCGGCAAUCCGGCAUGGAGGCCUCCUAACGUGGCAAAUAUCCUUUUCCGAGAGGGUGCUUCAACAGGUCUUACUCGGUAGUUUUAUGCACAGUUCAUCUGCCCAGAGCUAGUGAAGUUUGCUGUAAAUCAUACUUAUCUGCUGUAACUAGUUUGUUGGGUAGUAUAGGGCAUCUUACUAUUUAACUUCUGCGUGCUGGAGAGCAGCAGAACAAACAAUUAUCAGUGUCAAAUUUGGGGCAAACAGAUUCGCUCGUUAUGUAUAUAAAAAUGUAAAUAUGUUAACUGACUUAUUUGUGUGAUUAAGACUGCAAUGUAUCCAACUUUGACCCAUAAUUUUAUGGGGUAUCA